CUUCGGCAAAUUAACAUUCUUUGUGUAGUAAAAGGAUAACGGAAGUUGUCCUCAUAUGGAUGGCAUACAAAGUAUGGUGAUCAAAUUGAUACUUUCGCAGCUUCUCUUAGCAUUAACUCGCAGCUCCAGCUGCCGACUCUCGUCUCAUCUUCAAUCUCACACUUCAGUCACUUCACACAGCACCGCUCCGCCACUGGGCAACGUUCUCGAUUUCUUUCCUCUUUUCCUUUUUGUUUUGUUUGUUUGGAUUUUGCUUCUCCUCCAUUUUUGUCGGCAUCGCCACCAAGAUCUAGCUCCUGAUCUCAGCACGCCACUCCCCCCAUUCCCCUACCUGCUUCUAUUCUGCUUGCCCACACUAUGAACCGGCAAUGGGGCUCCGAUUCCGGCGCCGGCGGCGGUGUUUCUCCCGUAAUGUCGCCGUCCCGUAUCCCACCCCACGCCCGCUCCUCCUCUGCCUCUUCGGGCCUCUCCACCAUCAAGCGAAACCAGAACUUCGCCGCCAAAGCCGCCGCCCAGCGCCUCGCUCAGGUCAUGGCUUCCCAGACCGCCGACGACGAUGACGACGACCCUGACGACCUCGAUUUCCGUUACAGCGCUCCUCCUCCUCCUCUCUCUAUCUCCCGCACUGCCGCUGUUUCGAAUGCUGCUGCUCAGCCCGCACCCAGGAUCGCCAGAUCCCCUUCCCCUGCUAUUCCGCGUAACAUUGCUGAGGAAACUCCCUCGGUUCGCUCCACAUCGGCUGGAAGGUCGGCGAUCUCACUCCGAGCAGCAGCACCACCGGUUCCGCCCAGUAAAGGGUCAUUGAGGACUGCUGUCUCGUUACCACCUCCUCUGGAGCCACCUAAAAAUGGCUUUAGGGACAGAAAGAGAUUCUCAUCUGAUGAAGUGCUUCUUAACUCGAAAGAUUCGGGAGAUCAUCGAGAGUCUUCUGCUCUUCGUGAUGAACUUGAUAUGCUCCAAGAAGAGAAUGACAGCAUGGUUGAGAAGCUGCGAUCUGAGGAGGAAAGAUGUCAAGAAGCUGAGGACAGAGUCAGGGAGCUGGAGAAACAGGUGGCUGCUCUGGGAGAUGGAGUAUCUUUGGAAGCAAAAUUGAUGAGCAGGAAGGAAGCUGCUUUGCGUCAAAGAGAGGCUGUUCUUAAGGAUGCAAAGCAGAAUGCAGUGGAUAAGGAACUUGCUGCUGUUAGGUCCACAAUUCAAAAUGCAAAAGAUGAGGCGUCAGUGGUACUGAGACAACUUCACGGAGCUGAAUCUGAAGUAAAAGCUCUUCAUUCAAUGACACAAAGAGUGGUUUUGACUCCGAAAGAAAUGGAAGAAGUUGUUCUUAAGCGGUGUUGGCUUGCUCGUUACUGGGGCUUAGCUGCCAAAUAUGGUAUCUGUCUGGAUGUUGCUGUGCCAAAGCAUGAAUACUGGUCAUCAUUAGCACCUCUUCCACUUGAAAUUGUUCUUUCUGCUGGACAAAAAGCCAAGGAGGAAUGCUGGGACAAAGGUGGUGAUGAUGGUGAGAAGGAGAAGAGAAGCAAACUAGCUCCGGACCUGAGCGAUCUAACUGGUGAAGGAAAUAUUGAGAGUAUGCUGUCUGUUGAAAUGGGAUUAAAAGAGCUAGCUUCCUUGAAGGUUGAAGAAGCUAUUGUGCUUGCCCUGGCACAACAACGACGUGCAAAUUCUGUCCGGCAAUCAAUCACAGAGCUCAAAUCACCAGGUGAUCCGAAGUAUAUGGAGGCAUUUGAACUUAGCCCGGAAGAGUCUGAAGAUGUGCUUUUCAAGGAGGCUUGGCUGACGUACUUCUGGGGGAGAGCUAAAGCAAACGGAGUGGAGGAGGAGAUUGCAAAGGAGCGGCUUCAGUUCUGGAUCAACAGGAGCAAGCACUCACCGAGUUCAUACGAUGCUGUCGAUGUGGAGCAAGGUCUGAUAGAGAUGAAGAAGUUGGGGUUGGAGUAUCGGCUAUGGGAAGCAUCGCGGAGAGAGAUAGAGGAUCUUGACAGCAACUCUUCACGGAGAUAGCCGAAGCAAAAACCAAGGAAAGAGGCCACACUGCGUCUGUAAAGUUUGCUGUUUCUUUUCGUUGUUUCAUGUGCGGGCAGUAACUAGAGUGUGUAUUAUACGUCGUGAUUGGCAGGCAGCUGCAUGUAUCAUCCUUUGUUCCCCGUUUCCAGCUGAUUAUUCUUGAUAGUAGCCUUGGGAGGAAGUUAAAAAGGAAAAACGAGCGAAAGGAGCGAAAAGAGAGAAAUUUUGCAAGGGAAAAGGGUGGAUGAGAACACUACCCCUUUUGUUGCUUUAUGGGUGGAAGGGCAGGGAGGGAAAUGAACGAAAGUAAAGGAAUUUCUGUGCAAUUAGAUUUGUACAUAUGAUUUGAAUUGUGACAAAACAAUUCAGUCUCAAAUAUAUGAGAAUACAUUUCUCAAAUAUAU